AGUUAGAGACCUUUAAAAACCGGAAGAAGAAAUAAUGAAUGGAUGAGAGGCGGGGAAAGAAAAAAAUAAAAAAAAUAAUCAAAAAUGGCUACCGAUACUAAUAAUACUAAAGGGUAAAUAAAUAAAUAAAUAAAUAGUGGGAGAAAAAGAAAAAAAGAAGCGAGUAGUUUGCUACAGCAGAUCAUUGUCAGUCAGUAGAACGUGAAGACCUCACGGGAACUGUAAGCUUCGUAGUAUGAGCUUGGACUUCGCUGCUUAUUGGCUGCUGGCUGCUCGGAUUUUCGUCCUGUUGGCUCUGCUCUCUGUUACAUCUACGGCAACAAAAACAACAGCAACAACAAAAGUAAUAAAUGCAACAACAAAUGCAAUUUUUACUUACAAAACAGCCGCCACAAGCUCAACACCCAAAUCAUCAGUUAGCGUAACUUCAGUGCCAACGUCUUUGAAAAGUACAGGAUUUUCUGCAUCGAGUUCCGAUGACAGGUUUUUCAGUUCGACUGGUGUAACUACAAACAAGACCGAGUCGACAACAACAACAACAACAGCGUCAACAUUAACGACAGCAUCAAAGAGAAGAAAAAGAAGUAGAAGAGAAAAGAGAUCUAGUGGUUUUACCAACGAAUGGGCAGCUCAAAUUCCGGGUGGAUUAAAAAUUGCUCGUCGGGUAGCUCGAAGUCAUGGAUAUGCGAUAAAACAUGAGAUCUCACCUCUGCCUGACCAUUAUGUACUGACACGAUUGGAAUUACCGUCUAGAUUUCGGCGAUCGACUGAACACAUUACCAAACGACUCUCCAAUGACAACCGUAUUCUUUGGUUCGAGCAGCAACAGAUCAGAAAGCGGGCCAAACGAAAUUCAGAGGUUUUGCAACUUUACAGAAAAGACGCCUUUUCAGACACUCUUUGGAGCGAAGAAUGGUAUUUGAGAAACCCCAGAUCUUUAAAAGACGCCGAUCUCUUAGUUCUUCCAUGCUGGGCCCAGAACAUUACUGGAAAUGGUAUCGUAGUCACGGUCUUGGACGAUGGGAUAGAAUGGAUGCAUGAUGAUCUGAGGAAAAAUUAUGACCCUAAAGCCAGUGGUGAUUUGAACGAUAACGACGAGGACCCAAGACCACGUUAUGAUCCAUCCAAUGAAAACAAGCACGGAACACGGUGUGCUGGUGAGAUUGCCAUGACAGCGAACAACAAUAUAUGCGGUGUUGGUAUUGCUUUCAAUUCCAAGAUUGGCGGUGUUCGGAUGCUUGACGGUCCAAUAACUGAUUCUCUGGAAGCCAGAGCGUUAGGCUUCAAUCACAAGUACAUCGACAUCUACAGUGCCAGCUGGGGACCCCUCGAUAAUGGUAUGACCCUUGAUGGACCUGGAACAUUGUCCAGGAAGGCUAUGGAACUUUCUAUUAAAGAGGGACGUGAUGGCAAGGGAGUGCUGUACGUCUGGGCUUCCGGUAAUGGCGGCCAUCGUGACAACUGCAACUGUGAUGGUUAUGCGUCAAGUAUUUACACCAUCUCAAUCAGCAGCAUUACUAGUACAAUGAUGAAGCCUUGGUACGUUGAGUAUUGCGCAUCGACUAUGGCAUCGACAUUCUCCGGUGGUCUUACAUUGUCCGAAGGAAAAGUGGUAACAGCUGACCUACAUAACGAAUGCACUGACCAGCAUUCAGGAACUUCAGCUUCGGCACCAAUGGCUGCAGGAAUUUUCGCUUUGCUUCUAGAAUCGAACCCUAGUUUGACGUGGAGAGAUGUACAACAUCUAAUUACUUGGACGUCGAAUCCACUUGGAAUGAACCAAAAUCCGGGAUGGACUCAGAACGCAGGUGGCUUUUGGGUAAACCCUUCCUUUGGCUUUGGCUUGCUUAAUGCUAUGGAAUUAAUAAACGCCGCUCGACCGCAUAAAUGGAAAACUGUACCAAAACAACAUAUCUGUAAAACCGCCACUACCGAAUCCAACAAGAAACUAGAAGACGGUGGUGAAGUGGAUAUUUUGGUUUCGAGUGAUCGAUGUGAAAACAGUUCAAAUGAAGUGAUGUAUUUAGAACAUAUACAAGUUGUUAUGAAUAUCGAUCACACUCACAGAGGAGACUUGGAAAUCUGGGUUAUAUCACCAAGUGGGACCAAGACGAACUUGUUGCAGAAGAGACCAAAAGAUUCAUCAUCAGAAGGAUUUAAGAAUUGGUCAUUUAUGUCGGUACAAACGUGGGGAGAAGAUCCUUUAGGAACAUGGAAAAUCAUUGUUAAGGACACUGAAAUAUUUCCGAAUUCAUCUGGUAUUGUGAAGAAUGUAACCUUUGUGUUUUAUGGAACUUCUGGAGCACCUGACCAUGUUAUCAGAGCAGGAGGACAACGCCUCUAUCCUACGGAUAUGGUUCCGAUCACACCGACGUCGUCUGACGAAUUCCUCAAACUUUCAACAGCGGAACUCAACUCAAUACUGAACACACCGACCAGAAUCAGCGGGACAGAUUAUGCACCAACAUACAGCACGAAAGUACGGACCAAACUGGAAUCAGCACGCUAUAAGUAUCUGCUGAGACAACUCAAAGAAAAAGAAGCGGAACAGGAAAGGAAAUGGCAGCGACAACGGGACAGACAACUGAGGAAAUGGAAGAACCAAUACGACCGGUAUCCCUACUACUAAAAAUAGAUAAACUGGAAUCACAGAAUAUAGGGAUCAUAUGGCGAAUGAACAGUCUAACCAGAAUAAUCAGAGAAUAUACAGAACAGCAGAAUAACAUAAUAAUAGUAUAAGGGUGGGGCUGGUAAACGUUCGUUUAUAAAGCUCCGCAUAUUAUAUCUUCCAUACAGUUCUUUUAUUCUUAUAAUUAUGUUGUUUUAUUUUAUUUUAUUUUUCUGUUGUUUUAUUUGUUUUUUCCUUUUAUUGUUCCUAGUUUGCAAUUUGCAAUAAAGCUGUUGAAAAUAUC